CGGAAAAGUCCGACACGACGUGUCUCUUUCUGCAUGCCUUGAUUCAAACAUAGUUUAAGACACACCUGAAUACACGAAAUGCUGCCUGUCCACAAAGGAGAUAAAAUCCAUCGUCCAGGAUGGGGAGUAACAGAGAAACUCAAGGCUGCGAUGAGAUUGAUAUUCUCAGAGAAGACCUCAAGGAAUAUAUUCUUCUUUCUUCUGUUGAAUCUAUCAUUUGCAUUUGUUGAAUUGACAUAUGGUAUCUGGACAAAUAGCUUGGGACUCAUUUCUGAUUCAUUUCACAUGUUUUUCGACUGCACAGCUUUAUUAGCAGGUCUUGCAGCAUCUGUAAUUUCAAGAUGGAGAGCAACAGAAAAUUACUCAUAUGGUUAUGUGAGAGCAGAAGUAAUGGCAGGAUUUGUUAAUGGAUUGUUUCUCUUGUUUAUUGGUUUCUUCAUUUUCUCAGAAGCUGUUGAGCGUUUAGCAGAGCCACCAGAAGUAAAACAUGAUCGAUUGUUUAUUGUAUCUGUUGCUGGAUUUCUUGUAAAUCUGGUUGGAAUCUUUGCCUUCCAACAUGGACAUGGUCACUCUCAUGGAGGAGGAGGGGAUGAUCAUGGACAUUCACAUGGAGGACAUGGACACAGUCAUGGAUUAGGUUUAGAAGAUAAAGACAAAGGUCAUGGCCAUUCACAUGAAAGUAGUAGCCAUGGACAUUCACAUGGAGGUCAUGGACAUUCACAUAAUCCAGCAAAUGCUUCACAAAAACAGAUCAUGCAAGGUGUAUUUUUACAUAUAAUGGCUGACACAUUAGGUAGUGUAGGUGUUAUAAUAUCAUCAGCUCUAAUUCAUCAGUAUGGCUGGAUGUCUGCAGAUCCUAUAUGUUCUUUAUUUAUAGCAGCAUUAAUUUCAGUCAGUGUUUUACCAUUAUUACGAGAUUCGGUGGGUAUAUUAAUGCAGAGAACACCACGGCAAAUAGAACAUUUAUUACCAGGUUGUUAUACAAAAGUAUCACAGAUAGAUGGAGUAUAUAGUGUACAAGAUCCACAUUUUUGGACUUUGUGUAGUGAAGUAUAUGUAGGAACAAUAAAAGUAGAAGUAGGGGCCAAAGCUGAUACUAGAUACAUUCAAAGUGCUACUCAUAGCAUUUUUGCACAGAUUGGAGUGAAACAGCUUUAUGUUCAAAUAGACUAUGCUGCCAUGUGAGACUAACCAUUUCAUCAAAACUCAUAAGAUCAAGUCCUUGCCCAAUGGCCACAGAGGUUUAGAGAUCUGCCAUUGUGUUCAAAUUGUUUCUAUAACAGAUGUUGUUGCAGACAACCUAUCAAUGAGUUCCAAAAUGUGAAAAAUUUGAAUUACAGUUAACUAAUAAGUAUUAAAAAAAAUAUUCAGCCAAAAAAAGCUUAAAACAUUUUUGUUAUAGUAGAGGUCAUUAAAUGACAGAUACCUCCAUAUAUUGUAGUAGCUGCCAGGUUUUGGCUUAUUGUUAAUUCUAUUUGAAGAUGUCAUUCUUUUUUCAUUGUAUAAACUGAAACAACAUCAAUAUAAAUUUAGUUUUAUCUUCUUUAAUUUCUACAGUCCUGAAGUCAAUGUUCACAUUAUUUUUUCUUUAAGAUUUUGAUUUUAAUUCAGUUUAUGGUCUUCUAAACAGUAUAGGUUGGAAUAUGAUAUAUUUGUCAAUAGAAAAGUAAACAUUAAAUUACCUCCUAUUUGUCGAAAAAAAAGAUGGAUGGAAGUUAUGUUCAAUUCUGUGUUCUAACAAGCUAAGAAAAGUGCAUUACUGUUAAUUGUUAUAAUGUGCCUUUUCUUCAAGUUUAUGGGACCAGAUAAUGUCAUUGUUAUUUAGAUUUCAUUUCUUUUGAUCACAUGGUACUGCUUGUAUAAUAGUGGUGAAUGAGUGGAUAUGAUGUAAGAACAUUGUUGUUAGAAAAAUGUAUUUUGUAAAAAAUAAAAUUUGUAAAAGUAAAAAAGGAAAUUCCAGCUGUAUAAUGGGUUUUGCUGUAAACUUGAAUAGUAAAUAUUUUAUGAUGCACAACAUUUUGAAAAUUAUUCUGAAACCAAAGUUUAUUUCUUUCUUAAACACUCAAGAUUAUUUAUUUUUUUAGGUUUUCUUUUUUUCUUUUAAUGGAAUGCAUGCAAUGUAUUACAUUGAAGUUAACAUAAGUUCUUCUCUUGAAAUUGCUCAAUCUUUUAAUAGACCACCUGAUAUAUCUUCUCAUCAAAUAUAGUUUUUUGUGAAUUUCUUUCACAGUUUAUUUAUUUAUAUUGUGCUUUAACACGAGAACAGUCAUUCUUAUCCCAGAUACCUACUUUUUCACAUUUUUGCCAUUCCUUUUUAAUUGAGCUGUAUAAUUUUGAUUUUAUUACCUAUCAGUUUUUUAAAUUGCUUCUUUAACAUUCUAAAUAAUCUUGUCACACAAUUUGUAUGAAUCAGUCCUUUCUGUAAGCAAAAGCAGUUUCACAUGAAAGGAUUUUUAUGACCAUUUAUAUAAAUACUGUAACUCUCUUCAUAAAUAUCUACAAGAAAAAUAAGGCAUACUGAAUAAAAUACUUUUUUUUAAGAUUUUUUAUGUUUAAAUCUACACAGGUAUUUAAAAGAAUUAUUGGUUAGCCUGCAGCCUAUCCUGUUUAUUUAACAUAUAAAUGUAUAAUUUUUAUGCAAUAUAAUAUAUAUGUUUACGCAAUUUUUCACUAAACAUUCCACUGUCAACUGCAUAUGCUUAUAAUUCAUAUUGAAUAAAUGUAUCUCACUUUUUCAGCAAAGCCAUAAUCAAAUUAUUCCUAGAUUCUCAUUUCAUCUGCCGAAACAUUCAUUGCCAGCCCAAAAUAAAAAAAAAAAUUUUUCACAAGAUAUUAUGGUAUUCAAGAUUUUAUGCCCCUGCUGUCACCAGAAGGAGCACUAAGUGUUACCCUUGUCUGUCUGUACAUCCAUCCCUGAAUUGGUUUCCAUUCUCUAACUUUAGUUUGCCUCAUUUAAAUAUUAUGAAACUUGUACAUAAUGCUUAUUACCACAAAAGACAGAUCAAGUUUGAAUUUGGGUGGCAUCACUUUUACCGUUCUCAAGUUAUGCCCCAUUAUAAUGUUAUAUACAAGCGGGGGCAUCAUCUGUGUCCCAUGGACACAUUCUCCAUUUAUUUCUCACAUAAUCCCAUAAAAUUCUUAAACUUCUUGCUAGCAGUAAAAGCUCCUUUUCAUUUUUUUUUCUUAUAAAAUUUUACUGAUUUUUUGUUCUGAAGACAUAGGGAUGGUCAAAAUAGGGUGAGCAAUUGCAUAAUGUCGACAUGGUCCAGUUAUUCAUGACCAUUGAAAAUAGAAAAAAUUGGUUUUUUUUUAUCAAUUUGGUCAGCAAAGUUUUUUUGGCCAAUAGUUUCUUCUUUAUCAAAAAAAGUAAAGUAAAAUAUAAAAAUUUGCCCGCUUACUUAGUUUAUAACAAAGAUGGGGAGAAUCUAGGAAUAUAAUUAUUAUGACUUAAACGGAUGACUCUAUACGACAAAUUUUUAAACAUUUGUCUAGGGUGCUUACUGUAGGAUUUGUACAUAUUUUGAAAGGUUAUGGUUGUUUCUCAUUUUAUAUUGUUUCUACCCUGUUCUUUAUAAGCUAGAUAAAAACACUCAACUUUGAAGUGUGUUACCUUUUUCCUUUGAUUAAUAUUUUUUUUCUAAAAAGAUGAAAGGCUUGUGUCAAAACUUUAGAUUUGUGUAUAAUAAGUGACACUAAAGAGGCUAAAUAUAAUUCACAUUUGUCCAUAAAAGAAUUUCACUGUAUUUAAAGUUACCGUCUUUUUAGCUUCAUAUAUCUUUGAAUUACCAGAAUAUUAGGGGCUAUAUGGCAUUCACCUUGUCCAUCCAUUUUUUUGUCCAACUAAAAAUAUUUUCGUUACACUUUUCUGAUACUUUAAAAUACAAUGUGGGUAUGCAUUCUUGUUUAUUAUUAAAAAAAGAUAUCUCAUCUUGGAUCAUACUAUAUGUUUUGACAUCAUUCAGUAAAUAUCAUAUCUAAUAGAUAUAUUUCUUUAUCAUCUGAAAUAUAAUAGGGAUAUUGCAGAAAGAAGUGUUUUAUUGAUAAAGAAUUUAAGCCUAUAUAGUAAGUUCAGUAAUUUCUAUGAACUUGUAUGUUGUCAACUAAACUCUGUUGACAUUCACUCAACCAACUGUUUAUUAAGAUAUUUAGAUGAUUUUGAAAUACAUGUACCACAUUUGAAUAUAUAAAUCAAGACUACAAUUCUUCAAAAAAAAAUUUUUUUUUUUUUUUUAUAUUGUCCAUUAAAAUUCAGGAAAGGAUCUUUUUUUCGUUUUUGCUAUUUAUGUCAUUAUGUAACAUGAUUGUAACUAAAUUGAAUAACUUCAAUAAAUAUUGAUAUAAAGUAACAUUGAAGUUUUUGUAGAAAUGAAGAAUUAGGAAGUUCCUGUUGCUUAACAUUUUCAGUACAUAGUACUUUUCACACAGUUGAUCUGAUCUCAUUUUUCAUAUUUCAUAACUAUUUAUAUGUUUUACAACAAGUAUAUUUACAUCAUUGUCUCUGGAGAAAAAAAAGAAAAAUGUAAAUAAGUUAUAUUUCCUUCAGUUUAGUGUUUAAAUAUGCUUUUUCUAAUGGCAUUCAGCUUGUUUAUCUCCCUUAAAAUUUUUGCCUAAAAUAUUAAAUUAGUUUAAUGCAUCAGUAUUUAUCUGUUACUGCAAACUCUAUGAAUAAUCUUUUGAUAAUUAAUUUGUUAUUUUAUUGUUGGUGCAUGAACACACAGGUUCAACCUGUGUAAAAAAUUGUGCUACUUUGUUGUUGAAUUCUAGUCAUAGAAAUACAUGUUUUGCCAGCAAACAAUCUGUUACUGUAUUUAUGACUAAACUAUGAUUUUAUUUAUGUUAAUGAUAUUGUUUAAUUGUAAAUUCGGUCAUGUUUUUUGUAUAAAUGUUGUUUAAGAAUGUAUUUAUUGAUGAAUAUAUUUUGAAUAUCAAAAAGCCUUGAUAAGGGAAAUUUGUAUCUGGAUUGUUGUUGCUAUGUUUACUUCACAUAAACAUGCUAUAUGUAUUACUGGUAAUUUCAUCUUUACUAUUGGUUUAUUGUUCAAAAGAGAUUAUAAAAAUCUUCCCUGACUUUGAAAAAGGAUACUUAAUAUUGGAAUUUAUUGAUUUGAUCCAGAUCAAGAUUUUUACAGUCAAAAAGUAAAACAAAAAUUUUUACAUUCUUUUUUUUUCUGAAGGCAGGAAAGAAAAAGUAAUUUUUAGCAUGAUUCUUUUUCACUUGACUAGGCAUUUUCUAAAAUCAUUCAAUGCAUUUUAUCUUAUUGGAGUAUUUAGUUAAUAGCAUUUUUUACAAUUUCUUUGACAUGUAUCUUGGGCUUAUUCAUGUCUCGUAAAAAAAUAUAAAAUGAUCAGCUAAGACACAUACCCCUGUAAUGAAAGAUAUCAAAGGGCUGAUUCAUGUUUACACAAUAUGUACUUAAAGAUGUUUUCUAGCCAGUUAGUAAAAUAAGGAUGAGAAAAUUAUGUAAACAUAUUUUUUUUUAAAAGAAAAACAUGAACUGUAUAAAUAAUUGUAGCAUGUAAAUGGUGUAUUUUACAUAUUUAAAAAGAUUUUUUUCGUCUCCAUCAAAAGACAAAUGCAAAUGUAAAUGUGAAAAAAUAUAUAUUGGGGCAUUGUUUUCAAAGUGCAGAUUAUGAAAAAAUAUAUCUGUUGCUCCUGUGGAAUAUAGCAGGUGUUUAGAGAUUCAAGGUGCUGGUUAGAGCUAUGAAAAAAAAUAAAUUGUUAUGAAAUGUGCAAA